GGGUAUGAUUAUUAUUCACGCGUGUUCUGCAAUAUAUAUAUAUAUAUCGACUUAAAGACAAAGUUGCAUACGCAGACGCAACGAGAAAAACUUGACAAACCAAACCAUUCAUCGAGAUUUUCAUCUGCAAAUCAUGUUGAAAAUACUAUUACAAGACACCCUUUCCAAUCCCUCUUCCUUAAUUACCAUCGUAUUAGGCAUAAUUUUCCCCGUCCUUCUCUACAAAUUAUGGUCCUCCAAUAAGAGUAGUAGUACCAACAACAAGAACUUGCCGCCGUCUCCGCCGUCUAUUCCGAUCAUCAGAAAUCUCCACCAGCUCGGUCCUCACCCUCACCGAACCCUCCGCGACUUAAGCCGCCUCCACGGCGAUGACCUCAUGCUGCUCCGCCUCGGCAGCGUGCCGGUCCUCGUGGUCUCCUCGUCGGAUACCGCCCGAGAGGUCAUGAAGACGCACGACCUCGCGUUCUGCGACCGGCCGAGGAAGGCCUCCUCCGAAAAGCUUCUCUACGACUACAAAGACGUCUCGUCGGCGCCCUACGGCGAGUACUGGCGGCAGACGAGAAGCGCAUGCGUUCUCCACCUUCUGAGCAACGCUAGGGUCAAGUCCUUCCGCGGCGUGCGAGAAGAGGAGACCAAGCUCAUGGCGGACAAAAUUCACAACUCUUGCUCUUCUUCUUCGGCCGUGAAUUUGAGCGAGCUUUUCGCCGGGCUUACGAACGACGUCGUUUGUAGGGUUGCUAUAGGAAAGAAGUACAGUGAUGAUGGCGAGAGUGGAAGGAAGUUUAAGAAGCUUCUCGGGGAGUUGGCGGAGUUGUUGGGGAUUUUCAACGUUGGGGAUUAUAUUCCGAUGCUUGCUUGGUUGAGCCAUGUUAAUGGCUUGUAUGGUAGAAUGGAUAAGGUGGCUAAGGAUAUCGAUGUGUUUUUGGAGAGAGUUGUUGAAAAACAUAUGGAACAUGUUGAUGACCUGAAUGAAGAUCGGCACAAGGAUAAUGUGGUGGAUAUUUUGCUUUGGAUUCAGAAGGAGAACUUGUUGGGCUUUCCUAUUGAUAGAACUUGCAUAAAGGCUCUCAUUUUGGACAUGUUUUCUGCUGGCACGGACACCACAUACACAGUUCUAGAGUGGGCAAUGACUGAGCUCCUCAGGCAUCCAAAAGCAAUGGAAAAGCUUCAAAACGAGGUGAGAACCAUCGUUGGUCACAAAACAGAUGUCACAGAGGACGAUUUAGAGAAAAUGCCUUAUUUGAAGGCAGUAUUCAAAGAGACCCUCCGGUUACAUCCUCCUGUCCCAUUACUUAUUCCAAGAGUGUCAAGAAAAGACGUCAAGAUAAAGGGAUACGACGUCGUAGCCGGGUGUCAAGUUUUCAUCAAUGCAUGGGCAAUAGGGAGAGAUCCGGGGACGUGGGACAAUGCGGAGAAGUUCGAACCGGAGAGAUUCUUAAAUAGCGUUGUGGACUACAAAGGGCAGGACUUUGCAUUGAUUCCGUUCGGUGCCGGGCGGCGUGGUUGCCCCGGGAUUCUCUUUGCCAUGGCUGUUAACGAAAUUGCUUUGGCCAAUGUCGUUCACAAUUUUGAUUGGCAACUUCCUGGCGGUGCAAGAGGGGAGGACUUGGAUAUGACUGAGACAAGUGGUAUAACCGUGCACAGAAAGCUUCCUCUUAUGGCUCUGCCAAAAUUGCUUACUAAAUCGACUGUGAUCUAGCUUGUAGAGACCUCUGUCGACAAUUUAUUAGGACGAGAAUGUGCUUUAGUGCCUAAACUUUAACUUUGUUAUUAUUAAAGAAAUAAUAAAUUAAAUAAGAAGUU